CUCGCCCCCAGCUUCGCGCCCAGAUCUUCGCCAGCCUGCUUGCGCAGCCGCUGUCUCAUCUGCCCACUGACCAAGCAUGGGCGUCCAGGGCUUCCAAGAGUUCCUGGAGAAGCGCUGUCCGGGGGCCGUGGUGCCCGUGGAUCUUCUCAAACUCGCGCGCACCGUUUCACGCCAGCAACAGCAGCAGCACCUGCACCGCCAGCUGCCGCCGACGGCAGCCUUAGCGCCCGGGGCUGCGCGCGCCACCCGGGGCUCCGGUCCUCUUCCACCGCCGUUCCCGCCUGCUGCCUUGGGUGCCUACGCCGGGGGCGCGGGGCCCGCUCGGCACCAUCACCCUGCUCACCACUUCCAUCACCACGGCCAGGCGCAGCCCGGGCUGCCCCCGCCGCCCCCGCCGCUGCCUGGGGCCCGGGUGCUAGUAGACGCGGGCUCAGCGCUGCCGCGGCUCUAUGGCGGCUACCAGACGGAUUGGGUGUGUGGCGGCCAAUGGAACGCCAUGCUGGGCUACUUGUCAGCGCUGUGCCAGGCUUGUGCCUAUCCCGGCGGCGACGGCCUGGAGCUGGUGGUUAUGUUCCCGGGGGGCCUGGGCAAGGACCGAUUGGCCGAGUGGGGCCGUCGGUGCCAGGCCGAGCGGCAGACAGCGCAACUGAUCGUGGGACACGUGGGCAACAAGGGCACCCCUCCACCGCGGGCCUGGUUCCUGCCACCUGCCUGCCUGAGCCACUGCGUGAGGCUAGCACUCAUCCGCUUCCGGGUCAAGGUCUUUCAGAGCCUUGAAGACCACCAUUUGGAAGUGGUGGCUUUUUUUCGGGACAAUGGCUUUCAUGGCCUUCUUGCUCAUGACUCCGAGUAUGCUCUCUACAAUAUUCCCUUUUACUACAGUUCUCAUGCUCUGAAGCUGAGCUGGAAUGGAAAGAACCUCACUACCAACCAGUUCCUGAUGCAAGAGGUAGCCAAGCAGCUGGGUCUGAAGCGGAUGAAUUUCCCCAUUUUUGCAGCACUACUAGGUAACCACAUUCUCCCAGAUGAGGACUUGGCUGCCUUUCACUGGAGCUUGUUGGGACCAGAACAUCCUCUUGCAUCACUGAAGGUCCGAGCUCAUCAGCUGGUUCUCCCACCCUGUGAUGUGGUAAUCAAGGCUGUUUCUGAGUAUGUUAGUUCCAUCAAAGACCCCUCAAACUUGGAUGUUGUUGGGAAGGAUGUUUUCAAGCAAUCUCAGUCCAGGACAGAAGAUAAAAUAGAACGAUUCAAAAAAGCAGUUGAAUACUAUUCAGUCACAACGAAACUCUCUUCGCUACCAGUGGGUCCCUCCUUUCUAGGCUUUCGAAAUAAUCGGAUUGGAAAUCCUCCUCUUCCACGAAAUCAAGUAGGCACCAUUUCUGCUGGAAAGCCAAUGUUUUCUCACCAAAUGCCCCAGAAAACGAAAUAUCCACCACCGUUCCCAAUGGGACCCAACUCAUCCCUCCUCUUCUCCUCCCCCCACCCUCUGGGAGAAUCCAGUGCUUUUUCUGAGGAUCCCAUGCUACAGGACAACCCCUUUGCCAGUUGGGCUGUCUCUUAUGACAAUUCUGCAUCCCAGUUUCCCAAUUACUUGACUUCUAAAACAUCACAUCAUUUGGGACCAGACUCCUCUCAUUCCUCUUCCUCUGAUGGGGAUGAGCCAAAUGGAACUAAUUCUGAUCAUAUCACAGAAGCACUUCAACAGCAACCUGGAUGGGAAGAUGCCAGUGGCGACCGAGGAUCUUGGGUACAACCUGCUGAUGCAAGAGUAUCAGAAGCCAGCCUGGGGGACGAAGAACCUCACAUCCCAUCUCUGUUAUCUAUGUCUACAAGGAGUCACAUGGACAUCACCAUUCCACCCUUACCUCCAGUAGCUCCAGAAGUUUUACGGGUUGCUGAACACAGACACCGGAGAGGUCUUAUGUAUCCAUAUAUCUACCAUGUUCUCACUAAGGGUGAGAUUAAGAUCCCUGUAUGUAUUGAGGAUGAAUGUAACAUGGAGCUUCCUCCAGCUGCUCUCCUAUUCCGGUCUGCUCGUCAGUAUGUGUAUGGAGUCCUUUUUAGUCUGGCAGAGACACAGCGAAAAUUGGAACGCCUGGCCAUACGUCGGCGGCUACCUGUGGAAGUUCCUUCGGUGAUUCUUAAGGAAUGGUCUGCUUAUAAAGGGAAGUCACCUCAAACCCCUGAGCUGGUAUCUGCACUGACAUUUCGAGAAUGGACUUGCCCAAACCUCAAGAAGCUCUGGCUAGGCAAAGCAGUUGAGGACAAGAACCGCAGGAUGCGGGCUUUCCUGGCCUGUAUGAAGUCAGAUACCCCCAGUAUGCUUAAUCCAGCGAAUGUCCCCACCCAUCUGCUGCUCAUGUGCUGUGUACUCCGGUACAUGGUUCAGUGGCCUGGUGGCCGAAUCCUGCAUCGCCAUGAGCUAGACACCUUUCUUGCACAAGCAGUAUCUACCCAACUUUAUGAACCAGAUCAACUUCAAGAACUCAAGAUUGAGAAACUAGAUGCCCGAGGAAUCCAGCUUGCUGCCCUCUUCAUGAGUGGCGUUGACACAGCUCUAUUUGCUAAUGAUGCCUGUGGCCAGCCAGUCCCUUGGGAACAUUGUUGCCCCUGGAUUUACUUUGAUGGCAAGCUGUUCCAGAGCAAGCUCAUUAAAGCAGGUCGAGAACGAGUAUCCCUGGUUGAACUCUGUGAUGGCCAGGCUGACCUGGCAACCAAAGUAGAAAAGAUGAGGCAGAGUAUCCUUGAAGGAGUCAACAUGAAUCAUCCACCACCUUCUGCUCUUCUUCCAUCACCGACUUUUGUACCACCCAUGGUACCAUCUCUCUACCCGGUUUCACUUUAUUCCCGAGCCAUGGGCUCAAUGCCACCUCCUCCUCAAGCAAGAAGCAGGGGGUUUGCAGGUCUCCAUCCAAUCCCUCCUCAAGGAGGAAAACUAGAGAUUGCUGGGAUGGUGGUGGGCCAGUGGGCUGGCAGCAGAUCCUCCAGAGGUCGAGGAUCCUUUGGCAUGCAGGUGGUUUCUGUUGGUGGGCCUGGAAAAGGGCAUGGAAAAGAACCAAGUGGUAGAGGGCCCAAAGGACACAAAAAAGGAAGUAAACAAGGCUCUGCAGAUGGAAUUUCUAAAUCUCUAGAGCUUCAUCAAGGUCGAUCCCACUCCCAGAUAAAUGGAAACAAUGGCACAUUGAUUAAGGAAGAGAAAAAUGAUCGUCUUCCAGCUCCUUCACAGUGUGCCUUAUCCAGAGACAGCAAUGUAUGUGAUAAUGGUAACCGCUGCUUCCCUGUGAAGAAUGGAGAGAAGAACCACUUACAAGAGCAAAAGCUAGAAACGGUAGCACACGGGAAAGAGGACUAGAGGACUAACAAGCUGAACAUAGUCUUACCAGUUAGGAAGAGGGGAAAACUGUACUUUUCUGAUUGGAGGCCCAAGUUAGAGGAGGCUAUAAAUGCUCACCCUUGAUUUGUCCAGGAUUUUCAUGGGAUGUCCUAUUGUAUACACAUUUUCCCCUUCCAUAUUUUUUUCUCUGGGGCUCCAGACUUCGAAAGCUGGGAAAUUUCUGUUUAAAGAUGAAUAGCAACAAGACUAGCUCUAAUUCUUAAAUUGAAUCUAUCGCACCAGUAUUCACUUUAUCUCCACUGGGAGUCUAGUAAGGCAGUAACUGUCAGAAAGAAAGCAAGGGUUAACACAUAAAGUCCUAUCGUAAAAUUCCAGCUUUGUUUCUCUAAGUGUUUAACAUUAUAGUCAUUUACACACUUGUGUGAUAAAUAUGGGAUUGAGGGGACAACUGUCUAUGGCUUCCUGAUUUUUUUUUCUUUAUGAGGUGAUGGGGAGGCCUUGAUAUAAGAUCUGUAUCCACCUCCUCUUCAUUCUUU